AUGUUUCGACUUAUAGCGAUUGCGCUUACUCUUGCUUCUGUCGCCAAAUAUUUCACUGUCAUAUACUCCAGCUCUCUGGCAUGGUCUAGACUUACGAGCUCCGCGUCCUAUGUACUUCAAAACAAUGACCAUAUUGAUUCGCUGGUCUCUCAAAUGACAAUUGAAGACUUAGUGCUUCAGCUUCAUCUGACAUUCGCAGCCGAUAUCGUCGGCAUACAUUCUCAUAAUGAGCUAUAUAAUAAAACUCUCCAUCUAAGCCCGAAGUCUCCGAUCGGUGUUAUCCAUGACUGGUAUCCCUUGAACAGAACGAACUUCAAUGCUCUUCAGCAUUUGAACUUGCAAAGAUCCCGUAUCAAGAUACCAAUGAUGGCUGUUGGAGAGUGUCUCCACGGCGUUGGAUCAUUCAAGCAGUCCAUCUUCCCCCAAAAUAUUGCAGUAGCCGCUUCGUGGGAUACUGAUUUGGCGUAUCGCAUCGCGCGUGCUAUUGGCAAGGAGGCUAGAUCCAUUGGAAUCCACGGAUGCUUUUCCCCAGUACUGGAUCUUGCCCUUGAUCCAAGAUGGGGCAGAGUCCAAGAGGGAUUUGGAGAAGACAAGGUUCUUACGUCACAUAUGGGUGUCGCAUACUCGUCUGGUUUAUCUAAGAACGGUUCCUGGCAUGAUGACGAUGCAGUAUUUCCCAUCAUGAAGCAUUUUGCAGCACACGGCUCUCCACAGGCUGGCAGAAAUGCCGCUCCAUUCACUGGGCAGGGGACUCGGCAAAUAAAGACCGAUAUGCUUACGCCUUUCAAGGCGUCUUACGAUCUAGGCGGUGCUAGGGGAAUAAUGAUGUCUUAUAAUGAGAUUGACGGCAUUCCAGCUGCUGUACACCCUAUGCUAUAUGAAGCAUUACAUGACUGGGAAUUUGAUGGCAUUGUCAUAGCAGACGAUUUAUGCAUGAAAAAUCUCAUUACCCAGCACCAAGUCGCCAGUUGUCAGGCUGAUGCUAUGGCGCAAUGGUUUAAUGCUGGUGGCAUGAUUGAUUUCUACGACUGGGGCCUCGACUCAUAUAUCAAUACUACAAAAGCACUUGUUCUCAGCAAAAAGCUUUCCAUUGAGACGCUACGGUCACACGUGAGGAGAAUCCUCAAACUGAAGAAAGACGUUGGAUUAUUUGCAGAGCCGUACAUUCCAGCCCACAUAGACCCAUUGUCAAUCGUGGAAAGUCAUCGAGGUCUCGCUCUAGAGGCGGCCGCCAAAAGUAUCGUUUUGCUCAAGAAUGAGGCCAAUGUGCUACCACUGAACCUAAAAAAGAGAAACGUUGCACUGGUUGGGCCAUUCGUGGACACACUGAACUUCGGUGGCUACUCUGGGGUGCUCGGACAGGAGCCGGCUCAAUUGGCAACCACGCUACGACAAGGAAUGCUCAAGAACCUGUUCGAAGAGAACGAGAAAGGCAGUUCGACUGUAUUUGUCAGGUCUGCAUGGGGAGCAAACAGCUGGAACUACGAAAACCAAUAUGCUAUUCCGCCAUAUCUGUUGUCUUACAGUGGCGUUCCUGGCGGGCUAAUGGCUUCCUAUUUUGAAGAUAAGGACUUCAAAUUACAACGGGCCAGUCGCCAGGAGAUACCAGCCUUGGACUGGGGACUAUACCCGCCGGAUGGUUUGCCAUCGAACAACUUUAGCGCAAUAUGGGAGGGUCAGCUUGAGUCCCCGGUUGACACUGGGAUUCUUGGGACGAUUGGCGUCGCCACUGGUUCUGACUCUACCAUGAGACUGUUUGUUGACGACAAGCUUCUUUCGAGUCAUGAUUCCGCAGCCGAAAGCGACUUGCUGCCAAACAUCCUGCCAUACGAGUUUACCCAGGCUAAUGGAACACAACCACCUCCGAAUGGGAUACACUUUCUUUUCAAACCCGGCGUUAAAUACCGCAUUCGCAUCGAAUACCAGACAAUGAAGAAACACAAGCUGGUCGCUAAUCAGGGCUCUGUCAACUCGCAGAUUCUUCUCUGGUGGAAUUUGGUCUCCCGAGACGAAGAUCCAGUCUCGCAGGCCGUUACUGUAGCGAGAGAUGCAGAUGUCAUUGUGCUUGCCCUUGGCUCAGCCUGGAACAGUGACGGGGAGAAUAGUGACAAUUCGAUGUUGACAUUGUCAACAGAACAAGAUCGUCUGGCCAAUGCCAUCUUUGAGCUGGGGAAGCCAGUAGUGCUAUCUCUGUCCGGAGGACGCCCGUUUGCGAUACCUCAUCUCUAUGCACAAGCUACAGCAGUAUUGCUCACAUUCUACGGCGGCCAAGCAGGCGGUCAGGCUGUCGCAGAUAUCCUGACAGGGAGGUUUAGCCCUGGUGGCCGCUUGCCAAUCAGUAUCCCGCGACAUGCUGGCCAACUGCCCAUCUUUUACAACAUGAAGCCGUCCUCAAAGCUCGCAAACUACAACGAUGACCUAUCGGAGGCUAGUUAUCCAUUCGGUUACGGGUUAUCCUAUAGCAAUUUCUCGCUUCUAUCAUUUUCGAUUGCGCAAUCACACGACGGCAACCAGCAUCGACUAAUUGGCCAAUUUAGCGAAGGAGAGGAGCUCAGCUUCUCCGUCACCAUUGCUAAUACUGGAUCAAUGGCGGGCAGCUACGUGGUUCAAAUUUAUCUGCUGGGCCGUGUUUCGCAAGUCACUCAGCCGGUGAGACAGCUCAUGGCAUUCAAAAGAGUAUACGUUGCUGCGAAGCAGAAUGCGACCGUGACAGUACAAGUUGACGUCGAUCGAUACUUGAAAAUAUUGAAUAGGCAAGGAGAAUGGGAACUAGAGAAGGGCAACUACACCUUUUCUAUACUCGAGCAUAGCGGGAUUGAUGGGACUACGGGUCAGAAUCUCACACUGCAAUGUGUUUGA